AUGGUGACAAACAGUCUCUUGCGGAUCCGCUGCCCCGGCCCGGUGCGGACCGUCUCCAGCGUGGCCAGUUACUGCGCGUCGCGCCCGGCCUUGGCGCUGCAGGGGCGCUGCUGCCUCAGCGGGGAGCCGGAGCCCGUCAUCGUGGGGUUGGAUCUGGGCAACUGCUCACUGACGUUCCUCGGUGCUGGAUUCCCGGAUGCCAGCGCUGCUGUUGUCAUUGACCUGACCGAGAACCCCCUGGAGAACAUCAGCAACACCUCUUUCCAGGGCUUCACCAUGCUGCAGAGCAUAUCCCUGCCGCGUGCCCUGGAGUGCCCUGGAGGGAGCGUGGCCUGGGACCUCACCACCACCCACGGGGACAGCCGAACCUGCCAGGGGCAGAGGAACCUCUGCAACAGCUCGGGGGAGCUCGCCUGGCUGUGCCCAGAGAACUCCCAGUGCAGCCCCGACGGCCCCGGGCUUGUCCAGUGCCUGUGCUCCGGGAGCUACCACGGCUACAAGUGUCUGCGCGAGGGCACCUUUCCCCUGCUGUCCUUCUAUGGGAUCCUGGGAGCCGUGACGACCACCCUGUCCCUGCUGGCCUGGGGCAGCCAGCGCCGGAAAGCCAAGACCUCCUGAACCCCUCCUGCAGGACGGGGAAAGGGCGGAGACCGGGCUGGGGGGCCUGUGUGGGGGCUUCUCCCCAGCCUCUGAACUCACCGUGGUGCCGCGUGCGGGCUGCCUAGCUUCACCUUCAGCGCCUCGGGACGGUCCAGCUGCC